CUGGGAAACAAUGUAACAAUCCCAGUAUUGAUAGUUUUUGGAGAUUCAAUAAUGGAUACUGGUAAUAACAAUAAUCUGCCCACUCUUUUAAAAUGCAACUUCCCACCUUACGGCAAGGACUUCCCCAAUGGCUUUGCUACUAGAAGAUUUUCUGAUGGAAGAGUUCUCUCUGAUCUAAUUGCAGAAAAUUUGGGAUUGGCAAAGACAUUGCCAGCAUAUAUGAAAGAAAAUUUAAAGCCUGAAGAUCUUCUUAAAGGUGUAACAUUUGCAUCAGGAAGAACCGGUUACCAUCCACUUAUGUAUUUCAAAGAAUAUAUAUCAAAGAUCAGACAACAUUUUGGAGAAGGAAGAGCCCAAAUUAUCUUGGACCAUAGCAAUGAUCUUGCUCAUGCUUAUAUGGCUCAAUCUCAUAGAUAUGAUUGCACAUCAUAUGCCAACUUCUUAGCUGACUCAGCCGUCAAAUUCGUACGGGAGUUAUAUAAACUUGGAACUCGUAAAAUUGGCGUAUUUUGUGCAGUACCUGUAGGAUGUGUACCGCUCCAGAGAACAGUGUUUGGAGGUAUGUUAACAAGAGGAUGUGUUAAACCAUUCAAUAAUAUGGCAAAACAAUUCAACGCAAGGGUUUCUCCAGCACUUGAAUCUUUAGAUAAAGAGUUGGAUGGUUUUAUACUUUACAUUAAUGUUUAUGGUACUCUUUUCGAUGUGAUCCAACAUCCUAAAAAAUACACUGAUAGAGGAUAUUGCGGUAGUGGCUCUCUUGCUAUAUCUUAUAUGUGUAACAUAUUCAAUCCAUUAAGAUGCUCUAAUUCUUUGGCCUAUGUAUUAUGGGCUAGCUAUCAUCCGACUGAAAGUGCUUAUCAAGUUAUUGUUGACAACUUGCUCGACAAAUAUUUAAGCAAACCGGUACGCUGCCUUCUGCAGAUCGGAGCUCCGACACCGCUCAGCCUCCGGUGGUCACUUCCUCGCCUUAGCUUACUUUUCCUAAGCCGCCAGAACCUCCGCAACCGCCAUAACCCACCGGAUCCACUGGACUCUCCGAGUCUUCUGGUGGCUACAUUUCUUUCUGUCGCCAUGGAUUUUGGCCUAUUGUCGAUGCCAGAUCCUCCCGAACCACCAAAUCCACCUGUCUUUCCUUCUAUCCUCAGCGUUUCCUCCUCCCACGCUCCCUCGGCCAUCUUCGUUCUAUUCCCACCUUAUUCAGAUCUAGAUUUUCCAGCAACCUCUGCCUCUGGGUCUUUUCUGGCUUCUUCUCCGCUUGCCUUCUUGCGACUCUUUGCUGUUAUCUGUUUUGUUUUCCAAUCUGAGUUUUUCUCGAUCAGACUUAUAACCAUCUCCACAACUGCUGCUUCAAGAACCCUUGCCCUUCAAUUGGCGCUCACGGAUGCAUUCUCCACAGAUUUCACCUUGCUACAAACGUUUCCGGACAUGAAUGUCCUAAUUAUGCCCCUCUUGUUGGGAACAGAAUUGAACAAGAUAGCAGGCUUGCAAAGCCUUUUGUUUUAG